GGCAGAUUGGGAGCCGGGAUCGCAGGGGCUGCGCUGGGAGAUGAUUGCAGCCACCAGCCGUGUUGUUUUCCUCUCCCUGCCUGUUUUUGACUUGAAAAGAUCAUGACAGAAGUCUUUCUCUCAGCUCUUUUGAAUGUUACUCAAAGCACUUUGCUGGCAAGUGGCUCAUCAGCUGGGAAUGUGACAAAAUGCUCUCUGACAAAGACAGGCUUUCAGUUCUAUUACCUCCCUGCCGUCUAUAUUGUAGUCUGUAUCACAGGAUUCAUUGGGAACAGUGUGGCCAUAUGGAUGUUCAUUUUUCAUAUGAAACCAUGGAGCAGUAUCUCAGUCUACAUGUUUAACCUGGCCCUGGCGGAUUUCCUUUAUGUCCUGUCUCUCCCAGCCCUGAUAUUUUAUUAUUUCAAUAAAACAGACUGGAUAUUUGGGGAUGCCUUGUGCAAACUGCAGCGCUUUAUUUUCCACGUUAAUCUUUAUGGCAGCAUCUUGUUCUUGACUUGCAUCAGCGUGCACCGGUACACAGGGGUUGUACAUCCACUUAAGUCACUUGGGAGGCUGAAGAAGAAGAAUUCCAUCUACAUAAGUGCACUGGUCUGGUUCAUUGUCAUAGCCGGUAUUUCUCCCAUCCUUUUCUUCUCCGGCACUGGGAUCAGGAAAAACAAGACCAUCACCUGCUUUGAUACAUCUUCCGAUGAGUACCUGAGAAGCUACUUCAUCUACAGCAUGUGCACCACCGUCUUUGGAUUCUGCAUUCCCUUCAUUUUAAUUCUGGGCUGUUACGGAUUAAUCGUCAGAGCUCUGAUUUACAAAGACAUGAACAAUGCCCCCCUAAGAAAGAAAUCUAUUUAUCUGGUUAUUAUUGUCUUGACUGUCUUUGCUGUCUCCUACCUUCCUUUCCAUGUGAUGAAGAAUCUAAAUUUAAGAGCCAGGCUGGAUUUUCAGUCUCCUGAGAUGUGUAACUUCAAUGACAGGGUGUAUGCCACCUAUCAAGUGACUAGGGGUCUUGCUAGCCUCAAUAGCUGUGUAGACCCAAUCCUAUACUUCUUGGCAGGAGAUACCUUUCGGAGGAAGCUUUCCAGGGCGACCAGGAAAGCAUCCAGGAGAAGUGAGGCUAAUGUGCAAUCUAAAAGUGAAGAGAUGACUCUCAACAUUUUAUCAGAGUACAAGCAGAAUGGGGACACAAGCUUGUGAAGAUGAAAGGUCAGAGUUGACCGUGACGGCCAACUGUUCGAAAGCAUCCGUUCAUAGAUGUUCCCUGUGAUGGUGCUUACGGGUUAAUUAAAAUACUGAACAGAUCAGGCAAGAACCACUGCCGUUUUGGUUAAAGGGAGCUGACCAUCGUUAUACUGUAUGACAGACAUUUGUUUUGGGAGGAGAUUGGAGAAGAACAAAAAGGAUGUUCUAUCUGUAUGUGUGUGUGUGCGUGUGUGUUGGCUAUCUACACAUCUAAACCAUGGUAUUUUUUACUUUUACUAAUUAUUCCAGAAACUACUGUGAAUAAGGAUUAACUGCAGCUAACAUGGUGAAGGAAUGUAUCUCAACGAGUGCUAAUGUGCUGUUUCAAGAUAUUCUAAAGUAUUACUUAACCAGCUGCUUUUAUUGUGCAUCAGUUCGGCUUAGCAGUAGACCUAUCUGUGAUCCCCCCAGGAGGGACAUCCAUUGAGUAUUAUUGCGCUAGAGGUAUAUGUUCAACAAGCUCUCUAUACACAGAGAGGGCUGGGCUGGGAAGUACCCCUUUAUAUAGCUGUCAAUCUUGUUAUGUAGCUGUGUCAGUAAAAGUAGAAGAACAUAAUGAAAUAUUUUUGAGCCCAAAUCCAGUACAUUGGGUUAACAGAAAAGAUGAAAUAGAUUUUCUCCCCCUCCCGUGUCUAUUGCGAGCAGUAGACUGCUUUUUAUUUCUUUUACUUACCCUUUCAUCUUGUGUAGAUUGAGCUUUUGGGUUCUGUAACUAUUACACAGCAAAAGGAGUUCUUUAGUAACUUUUUUUUAAACAUAGAGAAAUCUGAUCAUUAAGGGCCUUAUCACUGGGGAAAGCUAAUAAAUGAACAACCCUUCCUUGGCUAAAAAGCCUACUAGUUAGCUAUUGCUAGAUGAUUAGCUACUUGCUGUCCAUUAAUGCAGGCUAAGUGUUCAGCUUGGUUCCAUUCAGGCGCCACGUGCUAUAGCAAUGCACUUUCCUUUUUUUUAUUCAUUCUAUAUAUUUUUUUUCAGUUCUGAUCCCUCUCCUGAACAAAUACACAAAGUAUAUUACGUCUUGAAAUAGGGCUGAAGAGUUCGCCCAGCUCCUACUUACCUAACGUUACAUUUUCUUGAUGUGGGGCAUGAUAUCCGAUAUCUUGUCAAAUGAAUAUGAAGGGAUACAUAUGUGAUAUACAUGUUCAAUGUACUGUGGACCUUUUUUGCAUUUAGUAUGUGUUUUAAAGCUCCUGUGGAAACGAAAAAAUGUUUUAUUUUUGUACUAUUGUAAUUUAAUAUAGUUCAGUAAAUCAGUUUUUAUUUGUGAUUUAACAGUGCCAUUUAAUUGAUUUUUGCCUAUGGAGACAGUGUUACUUGACUUUAAAAAAGCUUCUCAGGUUUUGUAACGGAUAUCGACUAGUAGAUGCCACUAAAUGUAUUUAACUAUCACAAUCAAAGGGUUGUCCAUUGCCGUACGGCGCUGUGAUGUGUGCAUGUAGGUGUACAGUGUGUGUACAGCAUGGUAUUAGACACUAGCACCUUUACAAGGGAACAGCAAAGCUACACAAGUGUGUCUGGUGUUGUACUUAGCCAUUUAAACCUGAAAGAGAUCCAAUAAAACUCUAAAAUAUUA